GAGUGUGCACAUCUUUUCAGAGCACAUACACACACCUUUACACACACCCUGCUCCGGGGCUCUGUCCUCAGGCCGGCCCAUGGAGCUCCCCCUGGCCCAGAUAUGCCCCCAAGGAAGCGGCCGAGCCCCUGCGCCUACCUUCAGCACCUUCCAGCCCGUGGAACUGCCCUGCAGGACCUACCAGGAUGUGGGCCUGCUUCAGGGGCCCAGACUCCAGGCCCUGAAGGCUGCGGAGGCCCAGCCCAGCCCCAGGGUCGAAGCUGUCCACGCUGCGGCAGGUGGGAACUCGGCUGGCACAUCGUCCUCCUCAGCUCCCAUCCCCCCAGCGACAUCUCCCCAACCCCCAGGGGCUGCCUCCAGCCCAGAGGAUGCUGGGAAGGCCCAGGAGGGGCUUGAGGAAGGAGGCCAGUCCCUGCAGGCCGAGACCCGGGCUUGGUUCCAGAAGACCCAGGCCCACUGGCUCCUGCAGCACGGGGCAGCCCCUGCCUGGUUCCAUGGCUUCAUCAGCCGGAGGGAGGCCGAGAGGCUGCUGGAGCCCAAGCCUGAGGGAUGCUACUUGGUGCGGUUCAGCGAGAGCGCUGUGACCUUCGUGCUAACCUACAGGAGCCGGACUCGCUGCCGCCACUUCCUGCUGGCCCAGCUCCGGGACGGGCGCCACGUGGUGCUGGGCGAGCACAGCGCCCACGCGCGGCUGCAGGACCUACUGCGACACUACACUGCGUGCCCGCUCAGCCCCUACGGGGAGACGCUCACCGAGCCCCUCGUCCGCCAGACGCCUGAGCCUGCAGGACUUUCCCUGAGCACUGAAAUAUCAGACUCUGGAAACAAGGACCCACACCCUCAGUAUAGCCCCAUCGUCAAGAAGUUGCAGAACGUGACCCCCACGCCGAAGGAGGGGCCCGGGGAACAGAAGGAGCCGCCCAGGCCCAAGCCUCCCGUGGCCGUCAAGCCUCAGCUGCCCCCCGAAGUCUACACGAGCCCGGCCCCGAGGCCGCGCCCGGCCCCGCCCCCCAAGCCCUCCAACCCCAUCUACCAGGAGCCUGACGAACCCAUCGCCUUCUAUGCCAUGGGGCGGGGCAGCCCCGGGGAAGCCCCCAGCAACGUCUACGCCGAGGUGGAGGUGCCGCCGGGCGCUGGGGGCCAGCCCUGCGGCCUCGGGCACCUGGCCCUGCGCAAGUGCAGGUCCAGGCCCGUCGCGGGAGGCCAGCAGAGUGCAAGCUGCCUGAGAGCAGGGACUGGGACGUAUUCAUCUGUCUCCAGAGCACCCAGCACAAUGCCUGGCACAGAGCAGAUUCCAGGUGGCCGGCAACCGCACUCUGAGAACUCUGUGCCUGGACAAGGCCCUCCCGUGCCCCACCAGCCCCUGCCCAGCUGGGGGCACACCCUCCCCCACAAGCUUUCUAGACAGAGGACAGAGGACAGAGGACAAGCGUGGCUUCCCCUGGGGCCUCCUCAGUAGCCGGGUGAGUCUGAACUGGGGAAGGACAGCCCAGGAUACCGGGUCUGCAGACUUUUGCACACCAGAUGCCCUUCUCAGGAAAUGUGUGUGGAACAAGCCGUAGGCGAUCAGAGCUAGCAAGGACCUCGGCCAUCACCUGUUGCGAAGAUAGUGCAAAGGUGUCAUCUUGCAUGCCAACUGCCAUCCAUUGGUCGUGGCUGCCUGGAGCACUGCCCUGGGAAGGACGCUCGGUCAUCUCCACACUCAGCAGAAAAGAGCACCAUGAUUGAUUAGUGAUGUCUGCUGUGGGCAGGGAGGCAAAAGGAGCAGUGUCUCCUUUGCCCUUACUGAUCCAGGCCAAGUCCCUGGCGGUGCAGAUAAGGAGACAAAGCCAGAGAGGGGUAGUGACUCAGCCAAAGCCAAGGACUAGAACCCAGGCUUCAUCGUUCCGCUGUGGCGCUCUCUUACCCCGCAUCCUCCUCUGCACAGGAAACGUCAGAGAUUUCCUCAGGCAAUCUGGCUACUUUCCAGAGUUCCACAGCACGGAGGCCUGGGUGCCGUUUCCCUCCUCCAGAUCCCAGCUUAGCCCUGUUUCCUGGACAGGUCUGCCCCCCGCCCCCGAAAGAAGCCUGGAGUUUGAGGAGCAAAGGUGGACUCAGCUCCCUUUUAGGGGCACACGCACUGGUUCUGUCCCUGAGGAUCCGGCGGCUCGGUGAUCCAAGGGCCUCUGAGGAAGUGUGCUAGGCUGGCGCUGCCGCCUCCCACUGCCCUGGCUUCUCCUCUCAGAGCCUGAUUUCCUUGGCCCUCUGAGCCUUUGGGUCUGGGCCUUGGUCCAGUGCUGCUGUUGUCUGAGGAAGGGUUUGGUGAGAACAGAUGUUAGAACUUGUUUGUUGAUUCUUGUCUGGCUAAUAAAUCAUCGCCAACCACCUCUCCCCACAGGGA